AUGUCCCGUGGCGGCGGCGGAUUUCGAGGCGGACGCGGCGGCCGUGGAGGUGGCCGCGGUGGACGAGGCGGUCCUGCCCUGCCUUGGGAAUCGGAUGAAGUGGACGGCAGGCCCUCGGAGACAUUUCCGGCCUACUCAUUCCGACCCGCCGGCUCCCUGACCGACGCCGAGAAUCGUUACGUCACCAACUUCCUCCUCUACCAGCGGCAGGUCCACGAGGGACCCCUCAACACAAAGAAGCACACGGUGCGAGACCCCACGCGCCCGCGGCGCAUCUACGACCAGCAGCAGCGAAACAAGCAGUACGCCGUCAAGACAAAGGCCACGGUCGACGUGUUCACCGCCGUCGAGACCUGGUCGUCACGCUUCAAGCCCCACGAGCGCACCCUGCCCGAUUUCUCGACGCGGCCCUACGUCAAGCGCAUAUUCCCGGCCGAGCUGCACACGACCCUGGACGGCACCGACGGGCCUGCGCGCAGCAAGAAGAGACAGCAGCAGCAGGACAAGAAGCUGAAGCUCAGCUCCGUGACGUCGCUGCGGACGGCAGAGGAGGUGUACAGGAUGAAUGGUGCGGGCGGGGAAGGGUUCGACGCGGCCCUGAUGAAGAAGCUGGAGAUGGGCGAGGCGCCGGAGGAGGGCCAGGAGGAGGCGGCGUAUGAUUCAGAGGCUGCUGAGGAGGAGGAGGAGGACUAUGCUUACGACGAUGAGGACGCGGGCGAUUACGAUGCCGAAGCGUACUUUGAUGAUGGGGAGGCGGAUGGUGAUGAUGGCGACGAUGGAGGCGACGACGGGGAUACUACUAACUUGCGAGCUUGCCUCGUUCCGGGACUCGGCGAGAGGACCUGCAGCGCGCGCCUUGCCUCGGAGCUGGGGUUGAUCGGGUGA